UUGAAGGAUCAAUGGCAUGAUGUGCUGCUGCUGCUGCUGAUCAGAAACAUGGAAGACAUGGUGAAGAAGAACCUGGAGGAGGAACCUCUGGUGCCUUUGGAAAAUGAGUGUUCCAGGACCAUGGGAGAGCUAGUGGAAGUCUCUGUCAAUGAAAGGGUUAAAUUUGAUGACACAGGCCUAUCCAUGGUGCUGCAGAAUGGCUUGGAGAACCUCCGGCUGGAAAACUCUCUCACGGACGUUACCCUGUGUGUGGGCAGCAUGAAAUUCUCGUGCCACCGUGUGGUCCUUGCAGCGGCGAGCAAUUAUUUUAGGGCAAUGUUUUGCAAUGAUUUAAAAGAAAAGUAUGAAGAAAAAAUAGUAAUUAAGGGAGUUGAUGAAGAAACAAUGCAGAUCCUCUUGGAUUACACAUACACAAGCAAAGUGCUGAUCACUAAGGAAAAUGUGCAGAAAGUCCUUGAAGCAGCCAGUCUUUUUCAGUUUUUGCGGAUGGUGGAAGCUUGCUCCAGUUUCCUCAAUGAAGCUCUUCAUCCAGAAAACUGUGUUGGCAUUCUGAGAUUGGCUGAUGCUCAUUCACUUGAUAAGCUGAAGCAGCAGGUCAAGAACUACAUUAUCCAGAAUUUUACCCAAGUACUGAAUUAUGAUGAGUUCUUAGAGUUGCCUGCGGACGUCCUGUAUUGCAUGCUAAAGAGUGAUGAACUCUGUGUCACCGAAGAAGCUCAGGUGUUUGAGACGGUUAUAAACUGGGUGUGUUACAACAUUGUGGAAAGGCUCCCUCUCCUGCCAUACGUCCUCGAGAGUGUCCGGCUGCCUCUUCUGGACCCUUGGUAUUUUGUAGAGACUGUAGAAGCUGAUCCAAUCAUCAGGCAGUGCCCAGAUGUAUUUCCUCUGCUUCAAGAAGCCAGAAUGUACCAUCUAUCAGGGAAUGAGAUCAUUUCUGAAAGAACAAAGCCCAGGAUGCAUGAAUUCCAGUCAGAGGUCUUUAUGAUCAUAGGUGGCUGCACAAAGGAUGAGAAAUUUGUAGCAGAAGUAACUUGCUUUGACCCGUUGAGGCGCAGUCGUUUGGAAGUGGCAAAACUGCCCAACUCAGAACAAGAAAUCGAGGGCGAGCUUAAAAAAUGGGUGGAGUUUGCUUGUGUUACAUUAAAAAAUGAAGUCUACAUAUCAGGAGGAAAAGAAACACAGCAUGAAGUCUGGAAAUAUAAUUCAUCCAUUAACAAAUGGAUCCAAAUUGAAUAUUUGAACGUUGGAAGAUGGAGACACAAAAUGGCCGUGUUGGGUGGCAAAGUGUAUGUGCUUGGUGGUUUCGAUGGCAUACAAAGAAUCAACAGUGUGGAGACCUAUGAUUCUUUUCACAACUGUUGGUCAGAGGCAGCUCCUCUCAUGGUUAAUGUGAGCUCGUUUGGGGCAGCCAGUUACAAGAAGAGACUCUAUGUGAUCGGAGGAGGACCCAACGGGAAGCUGGCUACGGACAAAACACAGUGUUAUGACCCCAAAACAAACAACUGGUGCUUGAAAUCCCCUAUGCCUGUUGAAGCAAAGUGUGUCAAUGCGACAAGUUUCCAUGACCAUAUCUACGUUGUGGGUGGGGCAAUGAGGGCAGUCUACUCAUACAGUCCGCUCACGGACACGUGGUGUCUGGUGACUCAGUUAAAUCACGAACGAGCAAGCUGCGGGAUUUCUCCUUGCAACAAUAAGCUGUUCAUCACUGGAGGCCGAGAUGAGAAGAACGAAGUCAUUGCCACGGUGCUAUGCUGGGAUGCCAAGACCGGGAAACUGACGGAGGAAUGCGUCCUCCCCCGUGGAGUCUCCCAUCACGGGAGUGUCACCCUCCGGAAGUCCUACACAUACAUCCGCAAGAUCGUGCCUGGGGCAGUCUCUGUCUGACUUUGGAGGAAGACUCAGGAGAAGGAAAGAAGAUGGACAAGUGAUCACGAAAUACCUCAUUUCCCGCAAGGUUUUAAAGAGUCCGAUUGGGAUGAAACCAGGGGGCUGUCACAGUCCUUGCAAGAAACAUGUGUAUAUUUGCUCAAUUUCCUGCUGCAUAGCGUAUGUGUUAAAUUAUCUUCCUAUACGGACUAGGCUAUUUAUUGACCUAUAGUGUCAACUAAUGAGAUGUUCAACCAGUGAGAUGCCCCUAUAGUUAGCAAAGCUGAGCUCUAUGAGUUGCAAUUCUUCUCUCUCUCUCUCUCUCUCUCUCUCAUUCUCCUUUCUUUCUUUCUUUCUUUCUUUCUUUCUUUCUUUCUUUCUUUCUUUCUUUCCUUUUGGUAGAUGUCACUUUGGAUAUUUGUAUCAAUUUUUCU